UCACCUACACUUGAACACACACCUCUCCUAACACUCGAAAGUAAGAAACUAAGAACACAAGAAAGGAAGAAAAGGAAGUAUGAGCUUCCAGCGAUUCUAUGACGCAUGGUUUGAGCAGCUGAAGGGAAUGGUACAUCAACUGAACCAAGUUCCAAGACCCGCUACCAGUGACCAACACCACGAGUUGCACCAACAGCUUGUUCAAAAGGUCAUGUCCCACUACUACGAGUACUACCGAGUCAAGUCCUUGGCUGCUAAAAAUGACAUUUUCUCCUUUUUUUCUGCACCUUGGUCCACUUCUCUUGAACGAUCUCUUCACUGGAUUGCCGGUUGGCGACCCACCACCGCUUUCCACCUUAUCUACACUGAAUCCAGUAUUCUCUUCGAGUCCCAUAUCAUCGACAUUCUCCGUGGCCUCCGCUACGGUGAUCUCGGUGAUCUCUCUCCUGAUCAACUCCGCCGUGUCAGCGAACUUCAAUGUGAAGCUGUUCAGGAAGAAAAUGCUAUCGCUGAUGAACUCUCCGAUUGGCAGGAUGGUGCAACUGAAGUAAUUGGGCUGACGGGAGAUAUAGAUGUAAAAAUGGAAGGGCUAGUGAGCAUUUUAGAGAGGGCGGACAAACUGAGAAUGAAAACCAUAGAGAAUUUGGUGCAACUUUUGUCGCCACAGCAAGCGGUGGAAUUCUUGAUCGCAGCGGCGCAUUUGCAAUUCGGCAUCCGUAGAUGGGGAAUCAAUCAUGAUCGUCAACGAGGGAAUCCGGCUUCUUGAUCAUGUAACUGGUUUGCAUGCUUUUGUUUUUUUUUUCUUUUUUCUUUUUCGGAUCAAUUUUUCUCAAAGUAGAGGAAAAAAUAAACAAAAAAUUGGAUUUUGUU